AUGGCAGCCAUGCGCUUCAUGCUUCUGGCCUUCAUGGUCGCAGGUGCUGAGGCAGGGGCUUGCACCCCCGUGGACUCCUGUCCAAAGCUUUCUGACGGCCUCUAUUGUCCUGUCAACGACGUCACGGAACACGCCGACAUCAAUCGGGAUGUGAAGCUGAUUAAAGAGUACUUGGCUGAGACCCCCUUGAACUACGCGAUGGCCAAGCAGGUUUACACCGCAGGAAACUUCUCUUCCAAAGGGCUGGGGAACAUGCGAACUCUGCAAGACCUGGCGCAGAAGGACAUGACCGUGGAUGGCAAGUACACCAAUGUUUUCUACAGCGGUGCCGUCAGCUUGUAUGGCUCAACGAAUGCCGUAUGGCACGACUACAUCAUCGCGUGCUUGGACGGGACAGGUGUGUGCGAGGGGAAGACGGACUCGUUCCGGCAGUAUGUCAUCAACAAGGGACUCAUUGGAGUUGUCACCGCCUACGCCACCUACGAGUUUGGUGCAGCUGUUUGGAAAGGUGAGAAUGGAGAGACGGCAGACACUCAAGCAGCCUAUGCUUGGGACGAAGGCGCUGCCUUCUACAUCGGCAAUAUCGAUCCAGUCAUUGGCGAUGGCUACACAGGUUCUGCCCCCGGCAACCUCUACUCGCCCUACGAGUUCAACUGGAAGCGCGACAUCGACUUCCCCGAUGGCACCUCGACACACACGGAGGCCGUGCCGAUUCUGAACUACGGCCUCAUCAACCUGCGCGGAGGUGCUUACAAUGCUACCAGUGUGAAAGCAGCAGAGUUGGCCAUGUACAAGAUCUUCUCCAUUGCUGCCAUCCGAAGCGCCAUCAAGUACGCAUGGAAGGCCUACAAUGGCGGCACCAUGGAGCCAAAGUAUCUCGCCGAGGGCUGGGCCUACUGGAGGAGUGCCUCCGGAUACAUGUCCGCCUUCAACGCCACGACGGUGCAGGCGGUGGAUGCACUCUUUGACCUAAACUUAACAACCGUACCGGAGAGCACGGCCUGCUCCGUGAAAACGCUGGUGGAGUCUUUGUAUCCACACCUCGGCAUCACCUGCGCCAUGGUGGGCACGUGGAAAGAUGCGCCAGCUGGCAGCUGCAUGGCCUCCUCAUGCCCAUGGCAGAUAGCCUUGGACUGCCUCACGAGUUUGCCCGCCUCCACACCGAAGGUAGAUGUGGUCAGCUUGAGCUCAGGGAUCAGUGCAUGUGGGCGGCAUGGGGAGUGGCCAGCAGCGCUGCAGUUAUUUCGGGAGAUGGCGGCUCUGGCGAUUCUUCCGGAUACAAUCAGCUUCAAUGCUGGGAUCAAUGCAUGUGGGCAUGGCAAACAGUGGAUCCCGGGGCUGCAGCUGCUCGCAGAUAUUCCUACAUUCGCAUUGCAGCCAGACAUCGUCAGCUGCAGUGCCAGCAUCAGCGUCAGUGAGAAAGUUGGUAUGUGGAGGACUGCAUGCCAACUGUUGCAUGGGCUUCCGAAGGCCAGGGUUCCGCUGAACACCGUCACAGCCAAUGCAACCAUCAGCGCAUGUGAAAAGGGCUUCCGGUGGACAACGGCCCUAGAACUUCUUUCCCUGAUGCGCUCGGACACAGUUCCGCAAGAUGCCAUUAGUUUCAAUGCUUCCAUCAUCUCCUGCGGCAGUCUUGAACAUUGGGAUCUGGGACUGUCCCUGUUGUCGGAGAUGUUUGCAGCUCGAGCGAUGCCGAGAGUUUCCACCUUCAAUGCCAGCGCCAGUGCCUCCGAGAGGGCUGGGCAAUGGCAAAUCGCCUUGCAGCUGCUUUCAGCCAUGCCGUUGUUUCGUCUCCAACCCUCCGUGAUCACUUUCAGUGCGGGCAUCAGUGCCUGUGACAAGGCGGGCCAGUGGCAAAGAGCGGUGGCGAUCCUUGCCGACAUGCAAGCGGCAAGAGUACGGCCCGAUGCGAUCUGCAUCAAUGCCAGCAUUAGCGCUUGUGCACGGACCGGGCAGUGGCAGACUGCGCUGCACUUGCUUGCUGCCAUGCCCCUGAUGUCUUUGCAGCCCACUGUAGUCAGCUGCAGCUCGUCCCUCAGCGCCUGCGAGAAGGGCAGCCAGUGGGAGGCCGCCCUUCAUCUACUCUCCGAGAUGCCAUUGAGCAGGCUCAAUGCUUCGGUGAUCUCCUUCAACGCGGCCAUUUCCGCCUGUGAGAAGGCUGCACAAUGGCAGAUGGCCCUUCAACUGCUCCUCCAGAUGGUGCAAGAGGAGCUGGUGCCGCAGGAGAUCAGCUUCAAUGCUGCCAUGAGUGCUUGUGAGAACGCCAAGCUCUGGCAAACUUCCCUGCAGCUACUCUCGGAGAUGCUCCUGCUUCGACUAGAGCCCGAUGUCGUCAGCUUCAAUGCCGCGAUCAGUGCUUGCGAAAAGGGUGGUGCCUGGCGCAUCGCCCUGGAGCUGCUCUCCAGCAUGCUUUCGGCAAGGCUCCGACCUACUGUCGUCAGCUUCACGGCAAGCAUCAGCGCUUGUGGUGCCUGGAGCCAGUGGAGAGGAGUGCUGCAGCUGCUAUCCGACAUGAAGUCCGCAGCUGUGGCGCCCGAUGUGUUCGCACUGGAUGCUGCGAUCGGUGCAGGUGGGACGAGUGCGGAACGGUUGAUGUCGCUUGGCGAAGCAAUCAACGUCAAGGAGCACAGACAGGUUUAG